AUGGAUCAAAACGUAAAUCUCACGGGUCUUCCUAUAAAGAAAGGUCAUGCAUGGCUUCACAAACAAACUCUCCCAAUCCUCAAAAUGGCUUUUGUUAGGCACAUUGUGGCAGCUCUUUUCUAUGUCGUUUUACUCGAGAGAUCGGUAUCUUUCGCCCAAGACCAACUUACUCCAACAUUCUACGACCAAACUUGUCCCAACGUUACCAACAUCAUACGAGGAAUCCUCCUUAAUGCUGCCAUUAAUGAUCCGAGGAUCACGGCCAGCCUAGUUAGGCUUCACUUCCAUGAUUGUUUUGUCCAAGGUUGUGAUGGUUCGAUCUUGUUGGAUGAUCCGGACACGACCGAGAAAGUAGCUCUUCCGAACAAUAAUUCGGCUCGGGGAUAUGAGGUUAUUGAUCAGAUGAAGGCGGCGUUGGAGAAUGUGUGUGCGCAAACUGUUUCGUGUGCUGAUAUCUUGACCAUUGCAGCUGAAGAAUCUGUCGUUCUGGCAGGGGGGCCGUCAUGGAAAGUUCCUUUAGGAAGAUUGGAUAGCCGUUCCGCAAAUCGGAGUCUUGCUAAUACAGCGUUGCCUGGUUUCAAUGAACCACUUGACGACAUCAAAGCCAAGUUUGCCGCCGUGGGGCUUGACACCAGUGUUGAUGUGGUUGCCCUCUCAGGUGCUCACACAUUUGGCCGAGCUCAGUGUUUUACUUUCGACCAAAGAUUGUACAAUUUCAGCGGCACCGGAGAUCAAGAUCCGGACCUGAACGAGACACUGGCGGCGAGACUACGCGAGAUAUGCCCCACCGUCGGCUUGACCAAUCUGACGAACCUUGAUCAAACAACGCCGGACGUUUUCGACAACACUUACUUCAAGAACCUUCAGGUCGAAGAAGGUCUUCUCCGAAGCGAUCAGAUUCUGUUCAGUACCCAAGGGGCCGACACGGUUGGAAUCGUUAACGACUUCAGCAGUAACCAAACCGCUUUCUUUGAAGACUUUGUGGAAUCCAUGAUACGGAUGGGGAAUAUUAGGCCACUGGCUGAUGUGAUCGGAGAGGUGAGACUCAACUGCAGAGUCGUCAAUGCUAAUAUUUCGAUCGCGGCGACCGAUGCGGAGGAUGCUCGGCUUGUCAGCUCGACUUAGACAAAAGUGUAGUUACCAUGUGUGUGCUACAGACAAGAAGAAU